UGCAUUGCGCGAGCUGGCAAACAUUGGUGGCUAAAAUGAAUGAGUGGUAGUUGUAGUAGUAGUAGUUGUUGUUGUUGUUCAUUAGCUGGGGAUUAACUUCUUCUAAUAAUAAUAAUUACUGUAAUAAUUAUCAUAUACAUACUAAUAUUUCAUAACAGUUGCACGAUGAAUAUCAGCACGAUGUUUCCACGAUAUUGAACUCGGUCCGAGCUCAGGUUGUGUGUGUGUGUGUGUGUGUGUGUGUGUGUGUGUGUGUGUGUGUGUGUGUGUGUGUGUGUGUGUGUGUGUGUCAUGUCAUUUCCUCAGCCCAAACCUCAGGCUCCUCAGCUUCCUCAGCAUCUGCUCAGGACCGUAGACUGUCAGCAAGGAGCUGUCAGGGCGGUGCGCUUCAACGCUGACGGCAACUACCUGCUGUCCUGUGGCAGUGACAAGUCUCUAAAGCUGUGGAGCGUGAGCAGAGGGACCCUGCUGAAGACGUACAGUGGCCACGGAUACGAGGUUCUGGACGCUGACGGUUCGUAUGAUAAUGGCCAGAUUUGCUCGUGCAGCUCAGACAAGACAGUGAUCCUGUGGGACGUCGCCACGGGCCAGGUCGCACGCAAACUCAGAGGUCACGCUGGGAAAGUCAACUGUGUCCAGUUCAACGAGGAGGGAACCGUUAUCUUGUCCGGGUCCAUAGAUGGGACAGUCAGGUGCUGGGACACCAGGUCCCGGAGAUUUGAGGCCAUCCAGGUUCUGGACGAGGCCACGGACGGCGUCAGCAGCCUGAAAGUGGCCCAACAUGAGCUGCUCACUGGAUCUGUGGACGGCAGAGUGAGGCGGUACGACCUGAGGAUGGGACAGCUGCAUGUGGACUUCAUCAGCAGCCCCAUCACCUGUGUGUGUUUCAGUCAGGACGGUCAGUGCACCCUGAGCUCCAGUUUGGAUUCAGCGGUCAGACUGCUUGAUAAGAGCACGGGGGAAAUGCUCGGAGAGUACACUGGACACAAGAUGAAGGGCUACAAGCUGGACUGCUGCCUGUCCAGUAAGGACACGCAUGUCCUGAGCUGCUCCGAGGACGGACACGUCUACUGCUGGGACCUGGUGGAGGGCUCUUUGACCUUGAAGCUGCCAGUGGGGAAAGCCGUCGUCCAGUCGCUGUCCUUCCACCCGACCGAGACCUGCCUCCUCACCGCCAUGGAGGGGCGUGUCCAGGUGUGGGGGGCGGAGCCGGAGGAAACGGACGAGGUUGUGUUGGCCACGUAGAGUCGGAAAGCAAAACUUCACAAGCUUAUGGUGACAUGAAAAAUCCCAUAUUUAGUUUUUGUACAGCAAACACUUACUUAGUCUUUGAACUGGAUUUAUGUGUAUGUGCCAAUAAUUCAUAUAUAUAUAUAUAUAUAUAUAUAUAUAUAUAUAUAUAUAAAACUUGAUAAUAAAAUUUUUUUUACACCAAUGUAAUAACCACAAAACUUCAUCAUUUCCGUACAAUAUGUCUUUAUUAGGAAACCGUACACACACAGACACACACUGAACGCAGAGAUGAGCACAUUACAGAAUAAAUUAAUCGGCACAGCGAGAGGAAGACAUCAAAUAAAUAAAUAACUUAUCUUACAUAAAUACAUGUUUUUGUUUUUAAAACUGUGGCUGGUCUGUGAAGAACUUCGCUCGGCUGCGAGUUGUAUCUAUACGCAGCUUCGUACAAACGAUCGGGUGAUGAUGAAGAUUUUAAAUAAAUACGUGUCA